AUAUUUUGGCCUUUCUUCGCAGGAAUAUGGCCGACAUUUUGAUAUUACUGUCAUGAAGAUUUUACAGUGACAAAAUUUUAUCUGUAGCUCUUCAUGCACGGUUUUAAGUUCCCAAAACGUUUUAUUUUUUAAUCGCCUAGACGUUGUUUUAGUGUAAGUUAUUUUAUAAUUGAAAAAUGGCGGCUGAUCGAGAGAUUGCUGCUGAAGACAGCAUUCGAGUCGUGUGCCGAUUUCGACCACUGAAUGACUCCGAGGAAAAAGCUGGUUCCAAAUUCAUCGUCAAGUUUCCAUCUGGACAGGAUGAUAAUUGCAUUUCAAUAGGGGGUAAAGUUUAUUUGUUUGACAAAGUCUUCAAACCUAAUGCCACCCAAGAAAAAGUAUACAAUGAGGCAGCCAAGAGCAUUGUCUCAGAUGUGUUGGCGGGAUACAACGGAACCAUAUUUGCCUAUGGACAGACCAGCUCUGGAAAGACACAUACCAUGGAAGGUGUCAUAGGUGAUCCAGGAAAACAGGGUAUAAUACCACGGAUAGUCAACGAUAUUUUCAAUCACAUCUAUGGUAUGGAAGAAAAUCUUGAGUUCCAUAUCAAAGUCUCAUAUUUUGAAAUUUACAUGGACAAGAUCAGAGACUUAUUAGAUGUGUCAAAAGUAAACCUUAGUGUACAUGAAGACAAAAACAGAGUUCCAUUUGUAAAAGGUGCUACGGAAAGGUUUGUCUCCAGCCCAGAGGAAGUGUUUGAAGUAAUUGAAGAGGGAAAGUCAAAUAGACAUAUAGCUGUCACAAACAUGAACGAGCACUCAUCUAGAUCUCACUCUGUCUUCCUCAUCAAUGUGAAACAAGAGAAUCUGGAAAAUCAAAAGAAACUUUCUGGGAAACUAUAUCUCGUAGAUUUGGCUGGUUCAGAAAAGGUAUCCAAAACUGGAGCUGAGGGUACAGUUCUGGACGAGGCCAAGAACAUCAAUAAAUCUCUGUCGGCCCUGGGUAAUGUGAUCUCGGCGCUAGCUGACGGCAACAAGUCGCACAUCCCUUACAGAGACUCGAAGCUCACGCGUAUCCUCCAGGAGUCGCUCGGAGGAAACGCGAGGACCACCAUCGUCAUCUGCUGCUCGCCCGCCUCAUUCAACGAGAGCGAAACCAAAAGCACGCUGGACUUCGGUAAAAGAGCCAAGACGGUCAAGAAUGUGGUCUGCGUGAACGAGGAGCUCACGGCCGAGGAGUGGAAGCGCCGAUACGAGAGAGAGAAGGAGAAGGUCGCCAGGCUCAAGGGCAAGGUUGAGAAGCUCGAGGCGGAGGUGAACCGCUGGCGCUCGGGCGAGACGGUGCGGCCCGAGGAGCAGGUGAACCUACUGGAGCUGGAGGCCGUCACGCCCGUCACCUCCUUCAUCGAGGAGAAGCCGCCGGUCCCGCCGGUGCCAGUGGCAGUAUCGAGCGCGGUGGAGGACGCGGCCAUGCAGGGCAAGCUGGAGGCGCUGUACCAGCAGCUGGACGACAAGGACGAGGAGAUCAACCAGCAGUCGCAGCUCGUAGAGAAGUUGAAGGACCAGAUGAUGGAGCAGGAGGAGCUUAUCGCUUGCACCAGACGCGACUACGAAGCUCUGCAAGGCGACAUGAACCGCAUCCAGCAAGAGAACGAGGCAGCUAAGGAGGAGGUGAAGGAGGUUCUGCAAGCGCUGGAGGAGCUCGCCGUCAACUACGACCAGAAGUCGCAGGAGGUGGACAGCAAGAGCCGCGAGUGCGACCAAAUGUCCGAGGACCUCACCGCUAAACAGACCGCCCUGGCCACCGCCACAGCUGAGCUUCAACAACUUCGCGACAUGUCGGCGCACCAACGCAAGCGUAUCGCCGAACUGCUCUCGAACCUUCUACGCGACUUGGCAGAGAUCGGCGCGGCCGUGGGAGGGUCGGAGCUGGACCUGAAGCUGAAUGUGGACACUGUCGGGAAGCUCGAGGAGGAGUUCACGGUGGCGCGCCUGCACAUCAGCAAGAUGAAGAGCGAGGUCAAGAACAUCGUGCAGCGCUGCCACUCGCUGGAGACCGCCAACAUUGACGCUAACCAGAAGAUCGAGGAAUACGAGCGGUCGCUGGGCGAGUGCCGGCUGCUGAUCUCGCAGCACGAGGCGCGCUGCGCGUCGCUGGCCGAGUCCAUGCGCGAGGCGGAGAACAAGAAGCGGCAGCUGGAGGAGGCGGCCGACGCGCUGCGUGAAGAGUGCGCCCGGCUACAGGCGGCGGAGCGCGUGCACGCGGCGGCGGCGGAGGAGCGCGCCGGGUCGGCGCUGCGCGGCGCGCUGGACGUGCAACUGGAGCAGCUGCGCGACACGCACGCCACGCAGCUGGCCGCGCUGCGCGACGAGCUCGCCGCCGUGCAGCGGCAGCACCAGGAGAUGAAGGACUCGUACCAGGAGCUGACGCUGGCGCGCCAGCAGCUGCAGGACGACUACGAGAAGCUGAAGCGCGAGGAGGCCGACAAGUCCGCCAAGCUGAAGGAGCUCAUACAAAGCGUGGAGCGGCGCGAGCAGGCGCGGGCCGACCUCAAGGGGCUGGAGGACACCGUCGCCAAGGAACUGCAGACCUUGCACAACCUGCGCAAGCUGUUCGUGCAAGACCUACAGGCAAGGAUAAAGAAGUCGGCCAACUCGGAGGACGGCGGCGAGGAGGAGGGCGGGUCGCUCGCGCAGAAGCAGAAGAUCUCGUUCCUGGAGAACAACCUGGAGCAGCUCACGAAGGUGCACAAGCAGCUGGUGCGCGACAACGCGGACCUGCGCUGCGAGCUGCCCAAGCUGGAGAAGCGGCUGCGGGCCACCAUGGAGCGGGUCAAGGCGCUCGAGACCGCACUCAAGGAAGCUAAAGAGGGUGCGAUGCGCGACCGCAAGCGGUAUCAGUUCGAGGUGGACCGGAUCAAGGAGGCGGUGCGCGCCAAGAACCUGGCGCGCCGCGGCCCACAGGCGCAGAUCGCAAAACCGAUUCGUGCCGGUGGCGGCCAUCUUGUAGGCGGGUCCCCGGGCGUGGUGCGACCCGCGCCGGCGCAGGACAUCAAGCGCAAAUCUAUCAUUGUCGGUGGACGAGAUGAAAGUUGAAGAGAUCACCAAACGACAUAGAGAAUUAUAAUGAAACUUCGUAGAUGUACCUAUCUUACAGCGAAACCUUUUGUGGGGAAUUAUAACCGAUUUAUAACUUCAUGUUUAUCUUAAAGCCUAAUAUAAGCUACAACAAUUAAAUACAUUAUUGUAGAAUUUCUUUAGGCUUAACUUUCAAGCUAAUAAUAACCUUAACAUCAAUAAGUGCACAUGGAUUAGGAAAUAGCUUUUCGCAACUUAAAAAUAGGUCAGGUUGUAGGUUUCAUGUAAAUUCACAAUCUAUAAUCAUUAGGUUAUGCAAAAGUAUUAUAAUUAUUACGAACAGGCCCAAAGCUUAUGGUCUUCGAUGUCGCUGUUUAAAAAAAGAAGAAUAUUUUUAUGAAAUGACAAAAAAGGAUUAAAUUUUAUUUUCCCAACUUAAGUGCUUACAUGCAUUCUGUGCUAAAAUAAAAUAUAUUUUUAAUAAUUAGAUCGUCAUUGAAAGAAAUGGGGGCGGUGUUGGAAGAGUGAAUAAGUUGAGUACAAAGUAAUACCGAGCCAGUUACCACUUACCGCGGGUCACUCCGCCCCCAUUCUCUUCCUAUGCCUUGACUUUUUCAUUUUAAAGAUGCAAUAUUACCUAAAGUUUAAGGUUACGCUGUGAAUUAUUUGCAGACAAGCAUCUGCUGCCGCACAAAAAAAAACUAAAAAAUAAUAAAAAAAUAUGCUGACGGCUUCAUGCCUUCGUAUUCCACGUGUGGUGGCAAAUGCAAACCAGUGUGCAUCUUUCGAUGUGUAGGUGUAGUUUAAGCUUCUUUAAUAUAUAUUUUUAUAUAUUGUGAUAAGCGUUGUUAUGCGAAUAUGUGAGCAUUUAAUUAGUUAAACGGAGCUUAGACCUUCCAUUACAGAAGGUGCUAUGAGUGAUAAUGUGUAUAACUCACUUCCGCCAUUCAGUGGUAGCUUCAGCUGUAUGCUAAAUUUAAUGCUGACAGCCGUUACAUGCUAUAAAAUAACACUAUGAAAGCACCUUGACAGCAUUGAAUUUAGUUUAGAGCGGCUCCUAGCACUGCCCGUCACUAGCAUUGGUUACCGCGUGUGUGUGUGUCUGGGCGACUUGCUGGCUCUAGCAAGUUCCACGCUCUCAGACUCGAUUCGAGCCACCGGAACUGCACUAAACUAAAUUAGUGGGCGAUUUUUGUACUCCCCCGAGCAUGAAAGUCGCUUUCAACUAAUAACAUUGGAUCUGGUUUCUAAAUACUAAUAUUUGUCAUGUAAAAAUACCAAUGCAUUUUUAACACAUUUUGGCCGAGAUUAAAGUUAUUGUGUGUUGUCAUGUGAUCACUCAUUGCAUCCCUGGCUUGACCCUGCGUUGCGCGAGCACCUUCACGUUUUGCUUGUGAGCUGUGAUGUUUGUUUAGUAUCCCAUUAUACCACUUCUCGUUUGUGAUUCUCGUGUAGCUAUGUCUCGAUUGUAAUUAGCUGUAAGUUACGAUCGCGGCACGUACAUUAACGAUUGUAAACGGACACAAAUGAUUCAGCAUCACAUAUUCGAUUAUCAUAGUUUGUUAUAGCCGGUUGUAUAAACCCUUGUAUUGAUUUAAAGUUCUCUAUUAGCUUCUAACCAAUUCAUCCGCUUUCAUGGUAGAUCUGUAACUUACAUUAGUACUUAUAAAUAUUACAAGAGUGUGCAGUGUGGACGUCGCCGGCCCCAGCACUGCAUUUUAUGAGGAGUUGUGGAACCAUGGCUAAAUAAGUUGUCAGGAAACCAAAGAUAAAUCACAAUUCAUAGAUUUAUUCCACAAAUAAAUAUACAUAAUUACACCCCCGUGUACCCAGAAUUGCAAGUUCCAAAACUCCUUAUUGUGUUGCAAUACAUUUAUAUCAUUUAGUAGGUGUAAAGUUAUAGUAAAUUAUUUCACUCUUAAGUUAGAUGAUCGAUUUAUAUUUUUAUUUAUUGUAUUUUCAUAAACCAAAAUUAUCUCUCGGUUCACUUUUGAAGUGUUGUACGCUUUUUUACAUACCUCUUUUUACAUUAUUUUACAAUCAUGAUCAAAUUGCAUAUAUUUUCUUUAAAAAUUUGGGAGAUUUUCACAGAGAUGCAAUAGUGCAGUAAAGCUGAUUGCGUCUUUGUUAAUCUUUAAGUUUAGAUUGUUUUGUUUUGUUAAAGUGUAGGUAAUACAAGAGGCUAUCCUCGGUUUCACUCGCCUGUUGUACAGAGAGCUCAAACUGAUGUCGCCGGCGCCAGGGCGGGCUGCCCGACAGGCUUGCCUUUGCACCAAGUGAUUUAGUUUGUAUUGACAUCUUUUGUAUGAUGUAUUUAAUAUAUGGGAAAUUCUCAAAAAGAGCGUUUUCUUGAUUUUUUUAUUUAUUACAAAAUAAAAUUAUGAAUUUAAUUUGCUA